AUGGCCGUCGCGUGCCGAACGGUGCUCCUAAUGUUUACUAUGAUAUUUUAAGUUUUUACGUGACAAACCGUGAUAAAUUACUGAAAACUAAGUUAAAAAGUUGCAUAAGUUACUAUUAUAGUGUGUUAGAGAUUUAGUUUGUGUUAUUUCAUUAAAUUUAACUCAUAAAGUGCGGCAACGAUAGUGAGUGAAGCUACUAGUUUUAAGUCAGUGUUUUUAAGGAAUGUUGUGAUUCCAAGUGCAUAGUGCGUUUAAAAGUGGAUUUUGAACCCGGGACAACUGCGUUCAUCGCUAAAGAUGUCACCGCACCUCAUUAAAAUGUAGCUGAGGCUUUAUCGAGCUGCAAACGAUAGUGCGACAUGGCAAACAUUUGGUGUAGUGUGGCGAUGGGGAAACAGGAUUCCAGCUGGAAGAGAGUGAGGAUCAAUGCGCCAAGUGUAGUGUGGUGUUUGGUGUUUGUGAUAGUGUUUGGCCAAUGUGCUGGUGUUAAGCAGAUGAGUGAGACGCUGCAGCGGGCGUUGUCUGCUGUUCGAGGUCCGAGUCCUGGAGCGAAGAAGUUGCUGAAUAUACCGGAAGAUGGAGCCGAUCCUCUUCCCGGCAAGCACGUGCCGCUAGAGAGCUAUGAGAGUGAGUUGGAGAAGGAACACGCCCUGCCGACGUCAGUACCCAACGCGGAUAUCCUCAAGACAAACAGCAACCCAACGUACCACAAGCCCAGGCCACCACAGCAUCAUGGCGCGGCGUUGCUUGCAGGGGUGGGCGGCGCGGUACCCUCGUACGCUCCACCCGGCCGGGCAUUCUUCACACCACCACUACCCCCUGAAUAUAGAAACCCGUUUGCAGACAAGCCUACACUCAGAGGCACCAAUACGGAUGGGAACAAUUAUCUCAACCGGCGGCCCAUCCCCCCUCCGUCCCUCGGCCCGGGACAUGAAAGGAUCCCCAUCCGACCCCCUGGACAGGAGACGUCCUCGCCUCAAGUGCCGGCGCCGCCCCCCGCUCCGCCGCUACUUCCUGCGGGCAUUGAGCCGCAAAAGAAAAAGGCACUCAACACCCCAAGUCAUAAGCCUGAAGAACUAGACGGGGACGUGAAGCAUACAGACCAAGCAAACUUCACGGAUUUCGUUCCAAACUCCCUCAACAUACCGACCAUAUCAAGAAUACUAUCCGGCUCCAACGGACGUAAAGAGGACAUACCUGACGUCCUUCUCAGAACGGUAACCGCAAAACCGCAGCAUAAUCAAGAAAAAACAUCCAAAAGUGACAUUUACGUCACCAAAGACGCUGGAGUGACUCUAAGCGAAAGUAACAGAGAUACAUCCACAGAAGGAUCAGUUUUAGCUGUACUAGAUCCCGAAAUGAACAAUCUAGAUAGACCACUAGUCAUCGAUCAAAAUGGUGAAACGAACACCAGAAGAAAUCUUCAGUAUGCAACCAACAGACAGACAGAUAAGAAUGAUAGUAGAAAAGAUGAUAUGUACACUCCAGCAACUACAAUUGGUUUUGAAUUGCGUGAUCCUGAAAUGUCGACUGAGAGAUACCACAAUCUAGCUAAUGUUAAUUCUGAUAAAAAAAUAUUGAAACAGGAUUCCAAGAAUAGUGGACCAGUACAAAGGGCCGGUGUGAGCUGGCCGUUCGCAUGGAACGUUCAUAUUUAUUUAGCAACCGCUAUAUUUACAUUAUUAGCUGUAUAUUCUAUAUUUAAGAUCAUAUUCUAUGAUAGGUUCACGCAUUUAUUUGCACAAUACUAUUUUAUAAUUUUACAUUUACAGUUAGUGUUCGUCUGCUUAAUGAGGAUCUUCUUCAUGUGCUACGACCCUUAUAAUAUUAACAAUUCGUUGCCAAUUUUCAUUAGCGAAAUCUUGCUGCAUGUGCCGGAUAUUUUCUUGAGCAUUGCAUUCGCAAGCACGACGCUGUUCCUUUUGUCACAAGCCAUUAAUUCAAAGAACACAUGUUGUUCUUUUCUGUUUCGUCCGCGGACUAUUAUAAUAGGUGGAACACUCCACGUGUUGUCCUGUAUGAUGUUGCAUAUCUUUGAAAAUAGUAAUACAGUGUACAGAACUCCGAGUGGGGUCGAAAAAAGGGUACUAGGUCUAACUUGCCAAAUUAUAUUUAUCAUGGCAUGCCUCACGUUAGGGCUGUGCUAUCUUUAUGUAUAUAAAUUGCUCAAAUCUGUCGUUAAGAAGAAGAGUCACACUUAUGUGAAUAGCUACCAGAAUUUGUAUCAAGCUAUACAGAUAAAUUUGGCUACGGCAUUACUAUUUGUUUUAAUAGCGGUACUCCAAAUAUUUGGAAUAUUUGGUAUAAAUCAGGUUAAUAUGGCGAAGCUAGACUGGUUGCAAUGGGGAUAUCAGUCAACAUUACGUUUCAUAGAAAUUACAAUUAUAGCUCUUAUUUCUUGGGUAAUUAGUUUGAAAGUUGGUAUAGGGGCACAUCUGCAGCAAGAGAAAACAGAUGGCGCUAAGAUUUCAGGUUUAGGACUAUUCCCAUGUACCGCUGGUUCUAGUAAUGAUCAAUUUGAAUCAGACUUUCCAGCAAUAUGUGGUACAAACACUAAUCUUCAUACGUAUACAUUAAGAACUGGGAAACCAAUAUAUGAGACGGCUGGACAUCAUCCUAAUAUGUCUGAUCAAUGUUGCUUGCCCGUCGAUCAUCCUCGUUUCCAGUUGAAUACACUAGCAGGCAAUUGUGACAAUAAUUCAGGAACCGAAAACUAUUCGGGCCAUAGUUCUAUAGCCAAUGCUGGUCAUAGCAGUUCGACAACUGAAUCUAGUAACGCCACAUCCAGUCAAGGUGUGACCAACCAUUUGAUCAAACAUCAUCCUAACAUGGCCGGGUAUAACGGCAUUGAAUCCGCUUCAGACGACCACUAUUCCAACUGUGAUCCAGCAAUUCAGUCAUUACAAGGUGAUGACCCAAUGGAUCACGAGUAUAAUGUUAUCCAAUACGGUAGCAACAGUGAUUUCAUCCGUGAUAUUAAAAACCAAAAUUAUAAUGGAGGUUCCAAUCGUAGUUCGCAUAACUUUAAGCAUAUGUCGUAUGACCGAGUAUCGUCCAGAACAAAUAGUAAUCCGCGGAAGAAGCACAGGCCUAAAAACAAAAUAGUUCAAAAUUGUAUGACUAUGGGAUAUGACUCUUCUAUGGGUCAUCAUUACCAUCAGCCGCACAUGCCUGAUGAAUACGGCAACUAUAAUACAGAGAACGCCUCGUAUCACGCAUCUGGUAUCCAAACCCUGAAUCCUAACAGAAGUUUCGGGGAAGGUUCAAGUCAGCAGAUAAGAAAUUCUCAGCGUCGCAACUCUCCGUCGAUUUCGAUGGUUAAUUCGAGUGGUAGCCAGAAACGAGGUAAGGGCAACGGAUUCCCUGAUCGACCCAAGUCUACUGACUUGUAUGGAUUUACAGAGGAUCCUAAUGAGAGGAACUAUCCCUGCGGUCCUCAGCCGGCACCAAAGAACUGUGGCUAUGAGGCUUCGUACUCUCAACCACAGGACGAAAUAAAUCCGAACGAAGCAGACGGGAACAGUAUGUUAGUUGCUCAAAAUGGUUUUGUUAGGUUCCGGCCCCUGGACGACGAACCUUCGCAAACCUGAUUUACCAUAACACUGUCGUGUUCGGCAGAAAAUCUUAGCUUUUGAUAAAGGCGCGAUUGCUCAAUUUGGAGCAAUUCUUAAUAGACCUUUGAAUACGUAAAACAAAUUCAUGCUUUCAACGCCAUCGCGCGUUGUAAUAAUGUAAAGAUAUUGUAAAUGUAUAGUUAAGUAUGACGCAGCGGUAUUUAAGAAUAUCAAAACAUAACAGCACUUAUGUAAAUAGCCAGUUUUUUAGUUUAUAGGGACAUUGUAAGUAAAAUAUUAAUAAUUAAAUUUUGCCAUUUUAUUUUGAAAUGACUUGUAUUUAAUCAUGAUACGAUUAUUGACUUAACGGUUAAAGUAUUUUAAAAAGACAUUGUCAUAAAAGAAAUGCUUAUUUUCAAUAUAAUUAAAAUAUCAUGUUAUAAUACACAAUUAUACCUAUUAAGUGUUAUGGUAUAAGAUAUAAGGAUAUCGCCACAACGGAGUUGCCAAAAAUACAAAGAAAAUAUCAUAUUGGAUCGACAUUAUUGUGCUAUUUAGUAUUAUAAAGUCUAUAUGUGGAUGAACAUUGUAAAAUUACAAAAAAAAAUAUUUAAGAAACAAAAAUUAUCUGAUAUGUCAUAUUAAUUAUAUUGUACAUAUAUAGAUGACGUAUUAAUCAUAUUGUUACAAUCUUUGAAUUGUUAUUUCCUUGUUUUUUAUUUAAUUAAAUUUCGAAUACUUUAUUGACAGAUUUCUCUUUAACUCUGAAGCAAUUGUUUUAGUUACAAAAUUGCAUAACUUUUUUGAUCUUUCAAAUCGGAUUCUGGAGCCAAAAGACUAUCCCAUUUUCAGUUGAAUUUCUGAAAAAUACUUCUUCCUUGAUAUAUAGCGAACUGCUGAUAUAAAAUAUUCGAAAUAUUAACGAAAACAAUGAAAAAUAACAUUACAAAGGAGUUUGUAACCCAUAAUUAUACUGAAAUAACAAGCUGAUUUGUCAAUGUCAUUUUGAAAUGUCAAAUAAACAAACCCCAUAGGUAUUGCCAUUAUAUAUAACAUAGUAUAUUACUGUGGUGUCAGUGUAAAUAACUGCCACAUAUAAUUAGAUCAUAAUACAACAAUUUAACUAUAUGUGAUAUCGAAUAAUGAUUUUGUUUGGAACAAAUCUGUCCAUAGUUAAUGUUUAAGGUUUAUAUCAGAUUUAAAGGCUCUACACACGAUCCGAUUUUCAAUAUGUUACUGUUAAUGAUGUGAAUAAUUCUAUAUUUUUUUCAAUUGAUCUUGUCCAGUCCUUGUGAAUGUCUAUUAAAUUUUAUUGAAAAUAUAUUUAAUGUUGAUAUACAGUGUCCAAUAUGGUUUAACGAUGACUAAAUAUUUUCAUAGAUUCACUUUACUUCACUGAAUUUGCAAAUUUCUUUAGUGUAUAUAGUACUGAAUUAGAUAAUCUAUUUGAUAUAAUUUGACAUGAAUAUUUCUUUAUUCACUGUCAAUUUGAUAAAUAUAACAUUAUAUAAUUAUAAUUUACUAAAAUAUGAAUAUUUUGAUCAGAACACUAUUGUGACACUGUAUAAUAUCUGUUGACUCGAAUAUUUAAAAAAUAUAAUUUAUAAUAUUCUCUCCAUUGACCAUUAAGAUAAUAUAACGAUAUAUCUGAAUGUCAUAAGUGUUACCACAUUAGAAUUCUCAUAUAAUUAUAUUGGUAAUAGAAUUUUAAAUGGCAACAUCGUUAAUUUCUGCCUAGUCAACAUGAAUUAACGUGAAACCUAUCCUGCCAUUUUGCUAUUUUAUCACUAGAGUAUAUUAAACCGAAAUCACAUUACAGCAAAUAUAUUAUAUAAAUUGUAAUUAAAACGGUUUGUGAGAAGCUUUACAUUAGAGCUCUCUCAAAUGUCAAAUUUGAAUUUAGAACAUCUCGCAAUUGUCAAAUUUGAAUUCAGAAUAUCUCGCAAAUGUCGAAUUUGAAUUCAGAACAAUGUUGUUAUUGAAUGUUGGCACUAGAUAGUUAAUAUUAAAAAAUAAUUGUAUAAAUUAGACGAAAAUGUUAAGUAAUAUUUAUAAACGAUAAAAAUAUGCCAUCAAAUUAAUCGUUUUGAUUUUUAACAGCGACUUUAAUCAUAAUGGUCUAAUCUUAACGAAAUUCCUAUGUAAAUAUACUAUAUGUAUGGAUAUGUCGAACGGUAUAUCGAUACGCAUUUUAAAAUGUUUAUUUUUCAUUAAGUGUAAAUAACUUAUGUGGUACCGAGACGUAUCCGAUGUGAACGAAAAACGUUCGUUUGUUGUAAAUUAUAAUGAUUUUUUUUUAAUAUUUUCAAGACUGUACCUUUAUCAUUAAAUAAAAACAACUGUAAUAUGUAUAAAUAAAUAAAAAAGGUAUUGAAAUCUGAUUUUUAUUUAGUAAUCUUACCAGAGUAUGUCUGGUUCAAUGUAUGAAUACCUUUUCCACCAUUAAAACCGUACAUGAAUACACAACUAAGACAUCACGUCAUCAUGUGAUAACAGUGGUAUCUUUCAUGCUUUAUCAUUCUGGAGAUAUCGGGAGAAUAACAGCGUCUUGGCACCUCGUCACAGCAUAUGACGUUACACAUUAGUGUUUCAAUAAAUAUGUUUGGUUUUCAUUACUUU